AUGUCCAACGAUGUUCCCACGCGGCGCACGAUAAGGGGCAACGUCAGCGAUGAGCGCGUGCGAUGCGAAAAGAGCUUGGAGCAAGAGGUAGCGACAAGAUAUACCAAGACCGUAGAGAAGAGGGUAGCGGGACGUUUCCGAGCCCUCUUCGCUCUCGCUCUAACGGUCACGACGCUUCCAACUGCCCAAGCUCAAAGUUGCAUUCCUCUGACAGACUCGUCCGAAUGCCGUGCUUUCAAUACGGCCUCUAUCUCAACUGAUAGUACCCUCACCGGGCUAUUUCCAUUCCUUGCUAAUGUCACCGACACCUCUUCUUUUGACACACAACUACAGCAGUACAUAUCCAACGGCUUCAUUCAACAAAGGUAUUCCGACUUGAUUGGUUGCUCUAGCUUUGACUCGUCGAACUCUUCCGACUAUUAUGCUCGCUACACUGCUAGCGUACUCUGCAAUGCCAUUGUUCAGAAUUCCAUCUCACCUUGUGACCUGACGGGAGAUGCCACUCGACCAUUGUGUGCCAAUACUUGUGCCGAAUAUGCCGAGAGUGAACAAUCCAUUGUUGCAAGCGACAUAUGCGGCAAUGCAAGCUCGAAUGCUAUCAGUCAAAUUCGAGCCGAUUUUACCAACUGCGCAUUACCUGCAAAUUCCUUGUCCGGCUCAUGCAUCGAAGGUGUCACUAAUGAACCUGACAAUUGCGGUUUUGCUUCCAAUCUGGUCAAUCUCUGCUCUUACUGUGCUGCAAGUUCGCCAAAUGCCACAGAUUCUUGUUGUGUCUUUUCGAACACCACAACGCGCUGCGACAAUGUCGUCUUGCCUAUUGUUGCUACUUCAUCCAUGCAGCCCCUCUUUACAUCAACUUCAUCGGCUACCUCUUCGACUGCAACGAGAUCUCCAUCAUCAACAUCAUCCCCAAUCACGAAAAAACGAAAAGGGCUUUCUGGGGGUGCAAUUGCUGGAAUUGUGAUUGGAUCUCUACUUGGUGUCUUUAUUCUCCUUGCGCUCUUGAUUUUGGCCUGCGUUUUUUUGCGCCGUAGAAAACAGGCCAGUCCAGCAACGAGCGUUUUUAACCAGCCCGUGAGAUCGCGUCAAGGUGGAGCUCCACCAGCCAUGGCAUAUAGACAUGAUGGCGCUAGCAGGAGCCAGAACGACAGAAUCGAAGCUCUUCCUGGCGGUCGUGUUGCCCGUAUGGCCGCCUUGGAAGCCGUCUCGAGUGGCUCAGAACGUAACACGACCGCCCUUGAUUCUACACCAGAAACUCAGAGGACUCCACACUCGCAUGCUGGUGGCAUUGGUCCCCCUCCUAGGCGAAACGGUUCCUUGUCCAGCGGUUCGCUUCUCGCAUUCGGUACUCAUGACAGCCCUGCUCAAGACGGUAUUUCCUCCCCAGAAGGCACAUCCGAAUCAGAACAACUCAGCUUUUUCAAAGACUAUUACUCCCAAGACGACAUACACCCGGGUGAUCUUGUAUCAUCUCUGUGGGCCUAUCAACCUCGUGCCGCCGAUGAAUUUGACCUUGAACGUGGUGAUAUGGUCAAGGUUGUUGGUAUUUGGGACGAUGGUUGGGCAACAGGAGUGCGUGUUAGCAUGCGUGCCGAGGAUUGGCAGAGCAAAGGCAAGCUGCAACGAGACAGUGGCAUGAGCAGUGGCCAAGCAAGUCCUGAGGAAUAUGGUCCGGUCAAGGCAUUUCCACUGGUUUGUGUAUGCUUACCACAACACUGGCGUCGAACCAUUGAAGGUGAUUCGACCGAUGUGGGCACAAUGGAUGACCGGCCUAACAGCCCGUAG